ACAUGUUAGUACAUUUGUACAGGUUCACAUUCUCUCAAAUCUCUCUCCCGCAUCUCUAGAGUAUACUCCAGACUGUAGACAUUCAUCGGAGUUUGAACACCGUCUACCGCACUCCAUUCUCCAUUAUCCAUUUUUCUUCCUUUUCGUCGUUUCUGAUUUCCAUUUCCUUAUCCUCCCUCUACUUUAACUACUGGGUAUCUAAUUUGAUUAUUAAGGGUCUACAAAAUCUAUUCUUCAUUGAACAUUGACUGAAUUAGGGUUCCCUUUACCGCUUUACAAUUCACCAUAUUCAACACUUUGCUAUAGAAGCCAAAUCCUAAUCAAUUAGGGUUACGUUUACGCUAUACAAUUCACCAUAGUCAACAGUUUGCUGUUCAACUAAAGAUUUAUUGUUGAUGGCACCCCCGCCUGCGGUCGUUCAGCUGCCUCUUGCAAUUACUCCUGUGGGAGAUACAGGUUUUUUGGGAUCAUGCCAUUUAAAGGGAAAUUUGUUACAUCCUGAUCGUGUGACCUCUAAGGUUUCCUUUUUUAGAAGCUGUCGAUUUCUCGGAGUUGCAAGUACAAAUUCUCUUCAUCCAAAUAGUUUUCUUGAGCUUGUGGCUACGGAUGGACAUCAUAUGCACUUGAAGAAAUCAAUGAAGUACAGAACUUCAUGCAUCCAGAGAAUAUGUUCCUUCUGCCAAUAUAAUGAGCCUGCUAAGAGAAGUGAGAGGUCUCAUAUUAGUCGGAAACUGCACUUUUUUAGGUCACUGAGACAUAUAGCAGCAAGGUCAGAUAUUAUUAGAAGUGGAGCUCCUGAGGCUGCUUCCCCUUUUCCAGAGGCAGCUUUUGGGCCCAAGGCUCGCGGAGUCUGCUUCUACGCUGUCACUUCCACAGUUGCUAUCUUUCUCUUUGUGCUGAUGGUUGUUUUUCAUCCUUUUGUUCUUGUAUUUGAUCGAUAUCGAAGAAGAGCACACUAUUUUGUUGCCAAAAUGUGGGCUACAACAACCAUUGUUCCAUUCUUUGAUGUGGAAGUUGAGGGAUUGGAACAUUUACCACCACCAGAUACACCUGCUGUUUAUGUUUCCAAUCACCAGAGCUUUCUUGACAUCUAUACUUUGCUUACUCUUGGACGAAGCUUCAAGUUUAUAAGUAAAACCUCCAUUUUCUUGUAUCCAAUCAUUGGAUGGGCUAUGUAUUUAAUGGGAGUUAUACCACUGAAGCGCAUGGAUAGUCGAAGCCAAAUGGACUGUCUUAAGCGGUGUAUGGAUCUUAUCAGGGGAGGUGCAUCUGUAUUCUUUUUUCCAGAAGGAACACGGAGUAAAGAUGGGAAUUUGGGUGCUUUCAAGAAAGGCGCAUUCAGUGUUGCAGCAAAAACUCAAGUACCGGUUGUACCCAUGACAAUCAUCGGAACUGGUAGGAUCAUGCCUGCCGGCAAGGAGGGUUUGCUUAACCCAGGGUCUGUUAAAGUUGUUAUACAUCCAUGUUUGAUGGGAAAGGACGCUCAAGUAUUGUGCAAUCAAGCUCGAACUGUUAUUGCAGGCACACUCAUUCAGCAAGCUUAAGAGAAUCAGUUUAUAAAUUUACAUUAUUGGAUGCGCCUAUUUCUGAAUUUACUGGUUGGAUUGACAAUACAUGAAUUAUGAUUCCAAAGGUACGUGUUCAAUGCAGGCAUAUUGGUUGGGCCUUACGAGCAAAAUUUUCAUUCCUUAUCUGUCAUACGAGGAAGUUGCUUUGUCAUGCGUUUAGAGUUCUUUGCUAUAUAGAACGGCUGUUACUUUUAGGGCACUAGUUCACCGAGUUUUCACUGAAGUUUCCAUUUUGUAUCUGUUUAUAUCAUAUGUAGCUUAAUAUCAGGUUUUUUUUCCUCUAAUCUACCAUCAGUGUUUUGAUUAGUUGUACAGAUUUUAGACAAUUCUCCGUAUAGUACAAAUAAAAGUCAAUACAUGAACUUUUGCUCGGUUA